GGUUGCCGCCUUCCGCCUUCGUCUUCCCUUUUCGACAACAAAACUCAAACCGGCAUCUACGCCCCAACUUCACCGCCAGACUCGGCCACGUCCGAAUAGUUACGCACGUUUUAUUGAAGGUCACGGCGACCGCAGACUGGGCCUGCCUUUGGCUUAAAAUAACAUGCGCCUGCAGUGAUAAUUAACGAAGAGCGAAGAGUGACGAGCGAGGAGCGGGAAACAUCCACCGCCGAUAGAGAGACUGUCUGGGUCUUCACUUCCGGUGGGCUACGGUUCGACCCAGCCAACCCCCUUUCUCCGCCACGAGCGAUGCUCUGGCAACGGCUGAAGGAGAUAUGCAUCUACUUAUGGAACUUCCGCUAUCUGCCUCUGAAAUACCGGUGGCCUCUCAUCAAGUUCCGCCGUCGCUUCCUGCCGACCCAGACCGGUCUUGGUCUGCGUAACGCCCUGCGCCAUGCCCGCUCGCUCAAGCACCCGCCAGAGCCCAACGCCUACCUCUUCGUCCUGCGCCUCCUCUGGCCCUUCCCAGCCUGGGACUUCCGCGCCGUGCUCCCACCGCCGCCGAGGGCCAUCAUGGCAGACCCCGAAGGCGUCCGCUGCCGCGUCCGCGACCUAAUCUACCUCCGCUCCAUGCCGCUGUGGCGCGCGCGCGACACGCCGCAGCGGUCCUUCUACCGCCUCUACGAGGCCUUCUGCGCCGCCGACGGACACAUGAUCACGUACGAGACCGAGUAUUUCUGGCGGCGGUCGUCGCCGCGGUGGGCCGUCGCCAACCUGCCGGAUCCCGAGUGCGCGGACCCGGAGCAGUACGCCGUCAUGGCGGCGCUGGCGGACAUCCUGGUCGACUCCUUCACCUGGCGCUUCGAGCUCGGCCUGCGCCGGACCGACCAGCCGAUCGUGCGCCACGGCGGUGCCGACCCGCCGCCCUUCGUGCCCGAGACGCGCCCUUCGUGGACGGCCAAGGUGCCGCCCCUGCAGGAGAAGCUCGUUAUUCACCCAGAGGAAGACGCGUAUUUCGACAGCCCGCUCCAUCGCCGCAACGUUUACAUGGCGACCGGGUGGUUCUACACCGUCUGAUAGGCCCCGAACGAACCUUGACAGCCACGCGCGACCAGAAAAUUGUUAAAAUUUGUGCUGCUACUUGGUGACACCGUGCCCAAUC